GCCUUUCACUAGCAGCUCCAUCAGCCUUUUCCUCUUUCUCAGCGCGUCCUCCUCACAAUGGCAGCCGUAACAACCAACGGCGAUGCCGCCGCAAAUGUUCUCGACGAUAUUAAACCCCCCGCUGGAGUAGUCCUUCCUCCUCGCGAGAUCCGAAAUGUUCUUGAAAAGACAGCCGGUUACGUAGCGCGAAACGGCGCCGUCUUCGAAGAUCGCAUUCGCGAAAAGGAACGAUCAAACCCGAAAUUCAGCUUUCUCAACCCUUCCGAUGCCUACCAUCCCUUCUACCAAUGGCGACUAGAUGAGGUCAAGAGUGGACGUGGUACAGCGAUCGCUGCUGGUCGCGUGGGCGAACCUGCGGCCGAGGCUCCCAAGCCUCAGGGACCCCCGAAGCCUGCCGAUUACCAAUUCUCCGCGCGAACGCCUCGCAUCAACCGCAAGGAUCUGGAUGUGAUUCAACUAUCGGCUCUCUUUGUAGCCAAGAAUGGGCGACAGUUUAUGACACAGUUGGCUCAGCGCGAAGCUGGUAACCCACAAUUCGGCUUCCUCAUCCCUAACCACACUCUCCACAACUUCUUCCAGCAUAUUAUCGAUCAAUACACAACGUUAUUACGUGCAAGCGGUCUCGGUGGAGAAGGCGGAAAGCUUCAAGAAGAGCGCAUAAAGGAGCUCGAAGCCAACAUUAAUGAUAAGUUCCUUGUGUUGAACCGCGCCAAGCAACGAGCCGAAUAUGCCAAAUACGUCGAAUCGGAACGACAGAAGAAGGAGGAGGAAGAGGUCAAGGCGAAGGAGGAGUUUGCGAUGAUCGACUGGGGCGACUUCGUUGUUGUCGAGACAAUCACUUUCAACGAGGCCGACGAGCACGCCAACCUCCCACCCCCCACCAACCUGUCCGAUCUUCAGUACGCUUCGCUGGAAGACCGCAACAAUGCGUCUAUCAGCGCCAGCCUCAGAAUUGAGGAAGCCAUGCCUGACGAAGACACGACCUACAACGCAUACCCCAAUCAACCCGCCCCCUAUCCCAUCGCUCCUCAACAGCCAGCCUACCAACCCGCUCAAAUGCCCCCUCCUGUGCAGCCAUACUCCCCUGUUCCACAAGCGCAACCACAGCAACCGCAGCGAUCAGCCCAAGAGGAAGAAGAGGAGCGCCGUAUUCAGGAACGCGCGGAGCAACAAGCACGAAAGCAACAGGCUACUGCUGAAGCACGUGGUGGUGCUCCUCCGAUGAAGAUCAAAGAAAACUACGUACCUCGUGCCGCACAGAAGGCUGCCAACAGACAGGGUGCGCAGACAGCACUGUGCCCCAACUGUAAACAGCAGAUUCCCAUGAAUGAGCUCGAGGCUCACAUGCGAAUCGAACUUCUCGAUCCUCGCUGGAAGGAACAGAAGGCCAAGGCGGACACACGCUAUGCAUCCUCCAACACGAUACAUGUCGAUGUCGCCAACAACCUCAAGCGACUUGCCAGCCAACGCAGCGACGUUUUCGACCCUGUCACUGGACAGGCCAUUUCUGAAGAUGAACUAGCGCGCAGAAAGAAGGCUGCCAUCCACAGCUACGAUGGCGCCAUGGAUGCCAAGAGCCAAGCACAGCUGGGUCAUAUGCAGAACGUUAACGUCGAAGAUCAGAUCCGCGCUAUUCACCAAAAGUUCGCUGACAAGAAGUGAGGAACUCGGUUGAUGGGCAGAUUGUACCCGAUCGGAGACGACAAAGAAGAAGAGAAACAGGCCAGCCCCUCAAGGGAGCAUGCCGUCCUCGUGUACACGGAUCAUGUGUAAAACUACAUGUCGCGGUAGGCGUUGUAGGUUGAGGCCCCAAGGUGAGGCACAUCUGGCGUAUGGCGUUUCGUUAAUCAUAUGGGCUUAUACUUGUUUGAUGCAGCUCAGUUUUUGCACGAGAGUUUUGGGGAUGCCGAAUCGAGAAUGUCUGGGGUAGUAGAUUGGCCGAGAAUUGGGUGAAUGGGCUGCCAGGAGAUGAUCGGAAACGUACAUCUUCAACUACGGCCGUAUCAUGUCAUGUCAUGCCGCAAAACAGACAAACAGACCGCUGACCAUGCUCAUGAUGGACAAAUGCUUGAAUCAGAAGUUAAGAUGUCCCGCGUCAACGCAGCUUGGAUCGAUAAAUAAUGAAGCAUUCUAGACUGUUGCUCGAGUGCCAUCUGACGCUCUUAAGGAGCACCUCGGAGCCCUGUUACUCGAAUAUAAAACAAUAUGAUCAAUCCUUUCGCAAUAUCCAAUACUCGCAGGUCAAGUGAACCAAUGCUGUCUCAGAAACAUAUUAGCCACUA